UGCAAAUGCGGGUGAUACCCAUUCCCGAUGAGCGGCGAUAGUGAGGCUGGGGCGGGCAAAGAUGCUGGGGCAGCCCUGCGCUACGUCUGCUACGGCAAGGAAAAGGAAUCGCCGCACUUGCCGGCCAUCAGGCGAUUGAUAUCAAAGGACCUCUCGGAGCCCUACAGCAUCUACGUCUACCGCUACUUCUUGUACCAAUGGGGCGAAUUGUGUUUUAUGGCACUCGACCCCAGCGACAAUGUCAUCGGCGUGAUCGUUUGCAAACUCGAGCCGCACCGAGGCGGUCCUUUACGCGGCUACAUCGCCAUGCUGGCCACGCGACAGGAACACCGAGGCAAAGGCAUAGCAUCGAAACUCGUGCGCAUGGCGGUGGAGAAGAUGCGAGAGCAAGACGCAGACGAAAUCGCGCUCGAGACGGAAGUGGACAACAUCCCGUCCCUGCGUAUCUACGAGAAUCUCGGCUUCCUGCGCACCAAGCGCCUACAUCGAUACUACUUGAAUGGUAACCCGGCGUACCGCCUCGUGUUGUACUUGAAGCCGGGCAUUCCCUACAAACCGACCUACCCGCCUGAGAUGAUGCCUGAGGAUGGCGGCGGCGGCGGCGGCGACCCGCUCCACGAGUCGGCGGGUCUUAUGUCUGAGGAUUUGAUGGCGAGGCAGGCGGCGCAGAUGCGCAUUGAGAAUGUGGAAGGCGAGAGGCAUGAUGGGAUGAGAGGACCGCCGUGAGUAUGGGACGGUUGGGCUGGAUGGAGUCUUACGCCAAAGUCGCUCACUAAUGUGCACGACGGUCAUGCGCAAGCUAUCGUAACACUCGCGACCGCGCCUCGACCGGGACGAAUGGAUUUGGUCACGCGCGGUCAAGCUGCGUGGGUCAGGCGAUGAGGUUGUGAUAGGAGCGACCAAGUGAUGAAAAGACGUGAAGGCAAGAGAUGGACAGUGAGAAGGGAUG